UCAUUGCACUCACUAUUGAGAACUUGAGAUAUCAACUCCAAUGCUAAACAGCACCACAUCACACUAAGAAUACACACACACAAUUGUCCACAAACAGAAUGGAAGCAGCAAGAUUCAUAACUCUCAUCCUCUCAUUCUGUAUCCUUGUUCUCAAUCUAUCUCCUCCAACUAUCUCAUCAUCUAUCCCAGCCGAAGCACUUCCACAAAAAUCAGGUUACCUAAUAGUUAACCAAACAUCUAAAUCCUCUAUUUACUACACUUUUUAUGAAGCACAAAAACCCAUUACAUCUCUCUCAAAAACCCCACUUCUUAUAUGGCUGCAAGGAGGUCCUGGCUGUUCCUCCAUGGUUGGAAAUUUCUUCGAACUCGGGCCGUGGCGAGUUAACAAUAGAAUUGAAUUAGAAAGAAACCAUGGUGCUUGGAAUCGGAUCUUUGGGCUACUGUUUUUAGAUAAUCCAAUUGGAACCGGGUUUAGCAUUGCAGCUUCUGAAGAAGAGAUUCCAACAGACCAAUAUGGUGUAGCUAAACACCUUUUUAUUGCCAUCAAAUCAUUUAUUGAGUUAGAUAAAUCUUUAUUUGGAUCUCGACCCAUUUACAUAACUGGGGAAAGCUAUGCUGGGAAAUAUGCUCCAGCUAUUGGGUAUUACAUAUUAAGGAGAAAUAGUGAGGUUUCAGAAAGUGAGAGGGUUAAUUUAGCUGGGGUUGCAAUUGGGAAUGGAUUAACUGACCCUAUAACCCAAGUGAUGACCCAUGGGUCAAAUGCUUACUUUAGUGGGUUGGUGAAUGAAAAACAAAAAACCCAGUUAGAGGAAAGUCAAAGGAAAGUGGUUAAGUUGGUUAUGGAGAACAAGUGGAGUGAGGCAACUGAUGCAAGGAGUAAAGUGUUGGAUAUGCUACAGAAUAUGACAGGGUUGGCUACUUUGUAUGAUAUGACAAGGAAAAUACCAUAUGAAUCUUAUUUGGUAGAGAGGUUUUUGAGCAAGAUGGAAGUGAAGAAGGCAUUAGGGGUGGAGAAUUCGACGGUUUGGGAGGAAUGUAGCCGUGUAGUUGGCUCAAUUUUACAUGAAGAUGUGAUGAAGAGUGUUAAAUACAUGGUGGAAUUGUUGGUGAAAGAGAGCAAGGUAUUGUUAUAUCAGGGCCAAAGAGACCUCAGAGAUGGGGUGGUUUCAGUUGAGGCUUGGAUGAAAACAUUGAAGUGGGAAGAAAUUGCCAAGUUUGAAGAUGCUGAAAGGAAAGUGUGGAAAGUGAAGGGGGAAGUCGCUGGUUAUGUGCAGAAAUGGACAAGUUUAACACAUGCUGUAGUGUUGGGAGCAGGGCAUUUUGUGCCUACUGAUCAGGCUGUUCAUUCUCAGGUCAUGAUUGAAGAUUGGGUUCUGGAAAGAGGGGUUUUUGCCAAUCAAGAAGUCGAUUUUGAGAUUCGAUCUCGACAUCCCAAGAAAUUUCUUUGAUGAAUGCAAAAUGAUAUCAGAUCUUUUAGUCUUAGAACAAAAAUAAGUUGCACUGUGGUAGCUUUGACAUAGCAAGAACAAUGAUAAUGACUUAAAAAAAUGUCCUUGAUAAAUGAUGUAAGGGUUGCAGGGAAAGGUGAAGUUUAUUCGAUAUCUAAUUCCUGUUUAUGCAAACUACACGAUCAAUAAAAACGGUAGUGAAAGACUUUGAGAGUCAUGUAAUACUAGAAAAGCUGGACCUACAAACUUAUAUUUCGUUUCAAAAGAGAAUUUGCAAUGGGUAUAUGCUAUAUAAUGUCGACUUCAUUCUAUUA